UCGGCCGCGGGCAUCGAGGGAGGGGGGAGGAGAGACCCGGCGGCGGCGGCAGCAGCAGCGGUGGAGGGGUCCGUGUACUUCAUCGGGACCGCGACGACGAUGAUCAGUUAAUUACGCGGAGGCGCGCCUGCUGACGGACCCCAACUUCCUGCCCGCUGGCGACCACGUGCACCCGGGCCCGGGAAGCAUGUCCCGCCCGGGACGCCGGCCAGGAUGAACGAGCUGCUCGGGGCGGUGCCGCCGACGAACGGGUGGUUGGUCGAGUUGGGGUGGACGACAACGACGACGGCGGCGGCGGCGGCGGUGGAAGGAAGGCCGAAACAGGGGGAGGAAGGAUUUGAGACGGGGUACCGGAUCUACAUCUCGGGAGACACGCUCAUGGCGGACGAGCUGAAGGAGAUCCCGAAGCGGGCUGCAAGGGGACAAGAUCGAUCUCAUGCUUGACUACCUCGGCGGCACCACGAUCCCCGGGCCCGAGAUGCCGCUGAUCGUGGUCACGAUGGAUGGCAAGCACAGGGUGCAGCUCAUGAGGCUCGUCGACCCGGACGUCACGAUACCCGUCCGCUUCGAUGACUUCAAGAAGGAGGUAGAGGCCGCCGGGUUAGCGGGCAAGGUCCUGUACCUGGACAGGGGCGACGAAUUCAGAUUUACACUGUAAUUAGUUGUGGCACCUACUACCUACCUAUCUUCAUGAUGCUUAUUCAC